UCAUCUUUUGUCAACUCAGCUGAGCUGACGUACAAUUUCAUUUCACAACAAAGAAAUUUUUGAUUUCGAUCAACAAAACGGAAUCUAAAGGGAAAAACGUGCGAGGAAGCCAGGGAGACAGCGUGGACCGUAAUGUGACCGCUCGCGGGGACGAGCGCGCGCUUAUGACCGACCCGAACCUCGAUGGCCCACAGGCCAUGACCGACCGCAGCAGAUUCUUCUACCCAGACAGCAGUAGCGACACGGAAGAGUACAGGCGAGACGCGGAAGAACGAAGGAAGAGAUUGUCCAAGCGAAACAUGCCUCCUAUUCGCUGCCGAGCGCCCGUGAUGCCUUCGUUGAAGCAGAGCCCCAGUGCGGCUGGGCCUUCCACGUCUGGCAUCCAGGAAAAGUGUGGGAAGCCUUUGCAGCUGUGUGAGGAGCGCAUCACGCUCGUGGUGGACAACACCAGGUUCGUGGUGGACCCGGCACACUUCACCGCCCACCCCAACACCAUGCUUGGAAGGAUGUUUAGUUCAGGACUGGAAUUCACCCACCCGAACGAACGAGGCGAGUACGAGGUCGCGGAAGGUAUCUCGGCCACGGUGUUCCGGGCCAUCUUGGAGUACUACCGCGGCGGCACCAUCCGCUGCCCGCCCACGGUCUCCGUGCAGGAGCUGCGGGAGGCCUGCGACUACCUGCUCGUGCCGUUCGAUGCUGAUACUGUGCGAUGUCAGAAUCUCCGCGGUCUGCUGCACGAGCUGUCCAACGAGGGCGCGCGCAGACAGUUCGAGGCGUUCCUGGAGAAGCUCAUACUGCCGCUCAUGGUGCGGUCGGCGCAGCGCGGCGACCGCGAGUGCCACGUGGUGGUGCUGCUGGACGACGACGCGGUGGAGUGGGACGAGCAGUACCCGCCGCAGAUGGGCGACGAGUACAGCCAGACGGUGCUGUCCACCCCGCUCUACAGGUUCUUCAAGUACAUCGAGAACAGGGACGUAGCCAAGCAGGUGAUGAAGGAACGCGGCCUGAAGAAGAUCCGCCUGGGGGUGGAGGGCUACCCCACGUACAAGGAGAAGGUGCGCAAGAGACCGGGCGGCCGCGCUGAGGUCAUAUACAACUAUGUCCAAAGACCAUUCAUACACAUGUCUUGGGAGAAGGAGGAAGCCAAGAGCCGCCACGUGGACUUCCAAUGCUUCAAAUCCAAAUCGGUCACCAAUUUAGCUGAGGCCACAGCCGACCCCGCCAUAGAGCGAGUAGACGUCCCCCCAGAGCGACUGGACGUGGCUGUCGAGCGGGGGGACGUUCUAGUGGAGCGGGGGGAUGUAGGGGUAGAACGGGGGGAUGUGGGGGUGGAGCGGGGGGAAGUGGGGGUGGAGCGGGGGGACGUGGGGGUGGAGCGGGGGGAAGUGCAAGAGGACGGGGACCCCCCGCCGGAUGAAGAGCCGCAGUGA